AAAACGUUAGGUCUAAUUUUCAAAGCUAUUUCUCUUAGUUCUUAAAAGUGUAGCCUGGACGAUUUAUCAAAAGUGUAUUUAGUCAAAUUAGAGACUUAGAAAAAUUUUAGAGUACCUAAUUGAAACUACGACCUAAGUAAUAUUGUGAUAUAAAUUAUAAGAAGCUCAAGACUAUAAUGAGGCGAAUCAGAAAGUAAAGCUGGGGGCAGACUAUAGCGAAGCGAACGCUCAACUCGAGAUGCAGGCUAUGAGCGCAAACGCGAGUGCGCCGCGGGCGCCGCAACGGUCGCCAUUCGCGAUACAAGAGCUAUUGGGCUUAUCGGAUAACCGAGAAUCGCGAGAGCGAUACUUUGAAAGCCGCGACACCGACCGAGUGUUGAACUUGUCGGAGAGCCGCGAGCCACGAUCGGCAUAUACACCACAAUUCCCGCUACCAGCAUCAGUAGCCAGCAGAGUAGCGUAUGCAGCAGCGUUCAACGCGCAAGCAGCUGUCGCCGCCGCCUUCUUACCUGGCCCGCCACUGCUGCACCCUCCACCGGGUUUCCCGCAAAUCAAAGGUUCUCCAUACAGCCCUUCAAACCAGUCGCAUCUCACAGCGGUACGACAAUUUUAUUCAGGUGUAUCUCCUCUGGAGGCGGCGAAAGAUUUCACCGUUGACGGACUUACCGGCUACAACGGCAAGAAGAAGAAGAAAAAACGAAGGCAUAGCCGCACGAUCUUUACGUCGUACCAGCUAGACGAGUUGGAGAAGGCAUUCAAGGACGCGCACUACCCUGAUGUGUACGCUAGGGAGAUGCUCUCACUCAAGACAGACCUGCCCGAGGACCGCAUCCAGGUCUGGUUUCAAAAUCGGCGGGCGAAAUGGCGCAAGACAGAAAAGUGCUGGGGACGGUCAACCAUUAUGGCCGAGUAUGGGUUGUAUGGCGCCAUGGUUCGCCAUUCGCUACCGUUGCCGGAGACCAUCCUGAACAGCGCAAAAGAGAACGACACCGUCGCGCCCUGGCUACUCGGCAUGCACCGCAAGUCGAUAGAGGCGGCGCGGCACCUAAAGGAGUCGGGGUCGGAGCGUGAGGGAUCGGAGCCCGAAGAACGCGCUGCCUCCGCCUCGCCCGUUCGCCACCACGACGCUCACGACCACCAGGCGCAAAGCUCCCCAGCAAGCAGCACCACGGCUUCGUCAUCAGCCAAAGGUCGGGCGUCGCCAGACCGCGAUCGCGAAUACGACGACCCCGAAGCGUUCCGCAACAACAGCAUCGCCUGUCUACGCGCCAAAGCACAAGAACACCAGGCCCGCUUGCUUAAUAACAACCUUCUUCUUCAGGUGCGAGGUAUGUCCCGCCCUCAAGCCGGAACCCCAAUCGCGGAGGACGAUGGUCCAGGCGACAUUGAUGUAGGCACCGAAGCACCACUGGACCCUCCGCAGCAUCCUCCUCAUCUCUACUGACCGCCCGUGCUGCUGUAGGCUCACCAUGGGAUUAACAUCACGUGAUCAUGACGCAUGCUGAUUGGCUGAUAUAGAACUCGAACGCCAAUAUUACAGGAAAUGCUAUUGGAUGAAUAACGCGUGAUUGCUUAGAGGCUAAUGAUUAGACCAAAUGGUCGCUCCAAAGUGUUUUGUUAAUGGCUAGAACUCAUGUGAUGUGGCGUCCACCGAUUGGCCAGUGAGAUCACGUAAAAAGGAAUUAAUUAAAAACAACUGACAGUACUUAAGUGUAAUUAUGUACAUUUUAGAAUUAAGCAUAUUUAACAGACCCUGUUUCGUGCAAUACCUUUAGUUAAGUAUUUAUCUGUGUAGCCUGUGUUAGUAGAUUGUACAAAGUUCCCAGCACUUAGAUUAUUGUAAUUACAAGUUUUAAGUAAGAAUAGAUCUGCGGGCUAAUCAUCUGAGUCGAAAGUCAGCCUGAUGUUCUGAAUAAUUUCUCAAAUCGAACAAGAUUGGACUCAUUCACUACUUUCAAUUCCCGAAAGUUAGAAAUGGGCGACGAAAAUAUAUAGAGUUUAACAUUUCAGACAGGUCAGACAGCUUACGCCUAUAAUAUGGGUUAACGUAGAAGCACUGCAGACGCUUGUAGAGUCUGUGGCACUGCAGCCGCGCCAUUACUCAUUUUCGUACAAUAUCUAGUCUGCAAAAGAAGCGCGCGCGUUUCAGCUACGGCGCUGCAGCUGCGCUUCUAAAUAUUGAAUGAAAAUUAGUAAUGACGCGGCCGUAACGCCAAAGUGGCGCCAUUACUGCGCUUCUAUAAGCGCCUACUUUGAAAGCACCCUCAAGGUAGGAAGGCACCCCUAGCCGCCCAACUAGCACUGAGUACCUUUAUACAAGUGUAAUACUAUUAAGUACAUAUUUACAAAAAUCUUAACAUCUAUUCUUACGUAAACCUUGUAAAAAUUUACCUUCUAUUAUAUUAAAUAACUUUAUUGUGCCCCGAUAAACAACUCUAAGUAAUUACGAGGCAAGAAAAGACUAUGUAUAAACCAUAAUUAGAAUAAUUUAAAGAUCGAUAUGUAUUAAAGUAAUUACUCGUAAGUGUUUCAGGGAUAAAAUUAAAUUUGAAAAAAAAUGUUAAAAUCAUUUCAGGCACUAAAUUUUAAAGUAAAUGCAUAGUAAAUGGAUAAUUUUCGGGCUAGUUUUCUUUACUUAAUUUGUGGUGGCAAUUUUAAUUAUUUAAGUAUUCGAGUAUAUAAUCAUGAAAUAUUGAAUAACUAUAAGAUACUACA